GAAAACCCGACUCGUUCAGUGUUUUUCAUUCGUCGAAUCCAAGGUGACAGAUUCAGAGCUGUGGCGUUUCCUAUCCUUCACUCUUGGUGUCGCCACAUUUGUUGGAUACACUGAUUAGUUAAAACAGCUGCCUAGCGGCACGAAGUGUGAUUUCAGGUUGUUGAAGUGACAUUUGUUGGUUGGUGAGAAGAUUAUGGCUAUGAAAGGUAGCAAAUGCGCCGUUCCAGGUUGUUCGAAUUAUAAAUUACAAAAGGAUAAAUCAUUUUAUAGAUUUCCCAAGGAUAAGGAGCUAUGUAAGCAGUGGGUGAUUUUAACUCAGAAACCUGGUUUAGCUGAAGUGUUCAAAAGCCGAGGGCCAGAAUAUGUUUAUCGAACGUACACUGUAUGCUCGGACCAUUUUCAGGAAAAAGAUUUCCGGAACAAGAUAUGGUUAAGCCAAGGUCUUUGGCGUGGUGCGAUACCAUCACGGUUGUUACCCAAACGUAAACAAACUGUACCAGACAGUGGAAGAAAUGGGGAAGUGGCGACAGUGUUAAGUGAUACGAACAGUGUACAAAAUGAUUCAGCCUCAAAUCAAAUGGCGAGGGGAUUCUCUGCAGAACGGGAGUCAGCAGAAAUAUACUUAGCAGUAAAUCAGUAUUGUUUUCAGAGUUGUACGCCAGAAGCUCACCAGCCACGUGAGAGUAUAACUGUGAAGGUGGAACAGGAGCCUGAAUAUGGAGGGAACUCCUCUGAUAAGCACAGACCACAGGAACCUGAAUACAUAGAAGUUAAGGGCGAGCCGCUCGGUGAGGAGGAAGCUACCGAUGAGGGUGCCACAGAGAGGGACUCCCUCUGUUUCUGAUCCUCAGAGCUGAGCUGUCUACGUUUGUGGUCCGAAUGUGACCGUAACUGCAGACUGGGAGGGAGCUGCACGCUGGAACUGCAGCUGCCGGAGUCUGGAACUUCACAGGUCUCCAUAAAGGAGGGGGGACAGCCUGGGUAGUUGUGAGUCAGAUGUGAUGAAGCUGAUAGACUUGAGAGAAGAAAGCCACUGCAAACUGGAGAGGGGUCACCUCCAGCAACGGCCACAGUGAAAAGCGUCUUCUUCUAUGCAUUUGAUGUGUGUACAUAUGACUAGGGUUUUUACUCCUCCAUAUGUAUUUUCCAUUUAUUAUUUCCCCAUUUGCGGAAAUAUUCCCACUUUUCUAUUUAAUAUGUUCAGGUACCAUCUUAGCUAAAAUUAAAUGGAGAAGUUUUACUGUCUUUGCGUAGGGUUGCCAUAAUCCAAGGACGAAAAUCGAGGAAAAAAAUUCGGUGGUUAUAAAGAUGUGGUUGAAAUUUGGACCGAUAUGUUGUGCAAGUGGCCAUGUGUUUGCAUUUCAGUUGAAUCUUCAUUAUUACUUUACAGUGGUAAUUAUGAAGAUGUGGUUGAAACCUGGAAUCACACAACGUCCUUUCACCUUUCUGCAGGUCACCAAAUCUUCAUAAUUACCCCAAUUCAAACAGUAAUUCCAUCAGCAAAGAAGUUGUAAUUAACAAGGAAAAUUAAUCCAAGCAUUAAUGAUGCCUAUAAAGGAGUGUUCAAUGAUGAAGAAAAUUAAUUGCAAUUGACAUUAAAUAACUUUUUUAAUUAAAAGCACUGAACACGAAUUAUUAACAUGUACACAAUCAUGCUGCUACAAUUGAUAUAUAUCUUUCACUUUAUGCUUUAAAUCAGUCAUAUUUCUCUGAGCCCUGGACAGAAGAUUCGGAAUCAGUCAAUGAAAAUUUGUGCAAUUUGUGUUUUUCAUGUUACAUUAGAUUUGGAGCAUUGCAUUGACUGAUGAUGUUGAAGCUAGCCUGUUUCUUUCUUCUGCCCAUUGUGCAUUCACCAGUGAAAACACUCUCUCCACAUUGGCAUUAUGCCCUGGAAUGGAGAAACAGUACUGCAUAAUAGCAAGCAGUUCUGAAUACUGCUCUUUAGAAACAAUCCUCAAAAAAUGUAACCCACUUUUUAUGAGGCAUCAUCAUCAAAUUCUGGUUAUCUUCCUGUGUAAGAAAACAUUUGUUUCACUAUCUGUCCAAAUAGCAAACUCUCAUCCUCUUUUCAAGUUGUUUCCUUGCAUCCACUUAAGUGUACAUUCAACUUUUUCCCAAUCAGGUAUUGCCUGUAACAGUAUCCAGUCAAAAUUUCAAGUUCUGAUAAAGGCUUGCUCCAUUUUAUCAGAUAAUCUGUUACUGUCUGAUAAAAUGCCAUGACAACCUCUUGAAAUUUUGACUGCUGAUACUGGGAGAGAUCUGACAUUAACUCUUUUACUUUCGUAGUCAUGAAUUUACAUUUCUUUCUUUCCUCUAAAACAUUGCACAAAGUUUUUAAGUUCCAACCUAACCGCAUUCAUAGUGAUGUCCUCUUUCUCAAUGUUGGUGAUAGCCUUUUGAAAUGGACUCAUCUGAGCAAGCAGAAAGUGUAAAUACAUCUCUCCACAAGCAUAAGAAAAAAAGGCUUCAGAAUAUUUGGACACUUAUUGAGCGAUAGGAAGUAUGAUUUAAGAGCUUGAAACAUGUAUAUGAAUGUUUCAAUUGCAGGAAAUAAGCUCAUCCACCUAGUUUUCACAUGCCUAAGUAAAUGUGAGUCACAUGGAGAAAAUCACAAAAAUCCCUUAAUGCUGCUACACGAACAGUACAAAUUCAAAAGUGGUUAUAGACCUUAAUAAUUAUACUUUGCACAUCUUGUGAAUGUAUGUUGGUUCCAUUUUGAAUAGCAUUAUGCGGUACAUGAACUGGGCAACCUACCCCUACUAUGGACCUGUUUAGUUGGUUUUCAAGUUUCUUGAAUACAUUGUUUUCCCCUUUUCUUUCAACACCUCCAAAGUUAGUGUAUGUAUUAUUCCCACCAAAAGCACAAACUGUGUCACUAAAGUUGAAUUCUGAAAUUAUUUUACACACACACACACACACACACACACACACACACACACACACACACACACACACACACUCACACUCUGUACUGGAGGUUUCAUUGUCACAAUCAUUCAAAUGAAAUAAAUUACUUCGAACACCGUGUGUGAUGUCAGCUUGUGAUUACUAGCAUCUGUACUGAUCCCAACAUAGUUAACUUUUGAUACAUUAUGUUUAACAUUGCCUUUUAUGAAAGAUGCUAUAACAUCGUUAAAAAUUGUUUCAGUUUUAGUUUUUGCACUCUGAAACUGAACUGCUACCUUUGAAUCACUAAAAAUUUCACUAAUGAUUUUUGAUGUACCGGACAAAGAAUUGUACGAAUGGUAGUGUUUCACAGCAUGAAACGUGAAUGUUUCUUCUGCUGCAGCAACCUUUUUAGGUUCUGUCUGAUCAGCACUAAAAAAACUGAUCAACUGUUUGGAAGUUGAAUCAGGAUGCACAGCUCUUGUGUUUUUCUUGCUUGUUAUAUGGUCAUUGAGAGCUCAUUUCCCUCCAUUGGCGAUUGAAAUGAAGCAACUGUAAUGAAAUAAUUUAGGAUUAGUUGCCAUUUAACCAAAAGCACGCAAAUUAAUAUUUAGUUUAUGUACGUGCACAAUCUAUUGUGCUAUGUUUUGAAGUGUCACAACUACUAAAUUUUUACACCUCAAAACACACGUUUUUGACAGCUUUCAUUCUGUGGCCACCCUGAAAACUAAAUUUGAUGGCACGGUGAAAAUAUUUUUUUCAAUAACUGAAAACUAUCGCCUGAAAAUAAAUUGCGGGAGACUUAGUUUUUAAACACGCACAGCUUGAGCAAUUUGAUUAAUACUCAUUUGUAUGCUUCCUACAAAUGAUAGGCAUUGUUUACUGUUAUGUACCUACAAUGCAUUGUACUUAUCCACAUACUUUGCAAAUAGCCUCAUGUUCAUUUCUUCCACAUUUAAUAAUUGGAAACGCAUCAAUAUAUUUUUCUCGAAAAUGUACUUUUCGUUUCGACAUUUUAAAUUUCAAAUUCUGUGCAAUAACACCAGAGGUACACUUAGCACUACUGACUGUUAACUUUACACGACUAAAGAAUAUCAGAUACCGACAGCAGAGAUGUUGUAAACCAACAGCGGAAAACUGAAACAACCGCAAAGAAUAGACUAUUGCACUGCUUCCACAGUCUGUUCUGAAAAUAGCCGAGCGAUUUUGAAAUGACACAGAAUAUCAGCACAGGUUUCAAUGGCUAUCGUGAAGUUUGCAGGAGUUAUGAAACACUUGAUCGGUGGCCAGUAGCAAAAUUUGCGUAAAAAAUUUUUUUACUUACUAGCCACUUUUUCCGCAGACAUUUUCCUGUUCGGCCAGGACACCCAUCUUUGAGCAUAAAAUCGCGGACUGCCUGCGAAAUCCACGACGUAUGGCAAUCAUAUCUUUGCGUGAAUACACACACACACACACACACACACACACACACACACACACACACACACACACACACAUAAUUGACAUUCUGUCUACUCUCACAUAAAAAAAUCAGUUUUGGAAAAUAUAAUGUAAUUGGAUAGAUAAAAAAAUCUACUCAAGAAGUGGUGACUGAAAAUACACAAAGAUACAGAAAUUCACAAGCUUUCGGAGCCUUUGGUACCUUCUGGUAGAAGGUUUGAAGGAGAAGGAAGGUUUAGGAAAAGGGGUAGAGUUUGGAAGUCACCCAGAACACCAGGUCAGGGCAGACAUACUGGAUGGGAUGAGAAGCAAAAAUUGAUAGGAACUGCACUGGAAGAGAUAUGAAAACCUGAGAGCUUAAAAGUGGAAGAUAAGACAGAGAUUACCAACAUGGAUUCCAAAUAUCCAGGGUGUGGACAAUCCUCGCAGGGUGAUGGCCACACCACACUAACGUACAGCACUCUGUGAUACAACUCCAACCAUAGCUAGUGUGGCUGAACAGGAAGGCCACUUUUGUAAUGUACUAUGUUACGUUCCGUAGUAAUUCGGAGCAGACCAUCCGCGCAUGCAAUGUUUCCAUGUUAUUGUUACAUUUUAAUUCUUGAAUUUUUACUUUUUUACCAUUUUUAACACUUUUCAGUGUACAUCUGGCUUUUGAGCGCUGAAGUGUGCACCCCACCACAACAUACCAGGUGAUCAAAAAGUCAGUAUAAAUUUGAACAUUUAAUAAACCACGGAAUAAUGUAGAGAGACACACUUGCUUGGAAUGACAUGGGGUUUUAUUAGAACAAAAAAAAAAAAACCAAAGUUCACAAAAUGUCCGACAGAUGGCGCUGGACAGCAAAUCAGUGACUGCGCAUAACAAUCCUGUAUAAAAGGAGCUGUAAUGAGAGAGACAGAGAAUCAGAUGCGCCAGCAGUCGCAGCAUGUUGACGUUACCUGAAACGGCGCUUUUAGUGAAGCUGUAUUAUCAGAAUGGGGAAUGUGCUAGUUCAGCGUUACGAUCCUAUCGCCAUAGGAACAGGAUUCGAACGGUAAGGUCCGUUGACAAAUGCAGCUGUGGCGAGAAUGAUUUCGAAGUUCGAAGCCACGGGCUGCUUAGCCUUAGACGAUAGACCCCGUAGUGGCAGACCGAGCACAAGGCGUAAUGCUGCUGAGACAGUUCUGGAAGAAAUGGAGACUGUAGCGGGUUCGUCUAUGCACAGGGAAGUCAGCGCUCGUGCAGUCGCACGUCGCACCGGCAUUCCAUACACUACUGUUUGGUUGGCACUGAGGCGUACCCUCCGAUGCUAUCCGUACAAAAUCCAUCGGCAUCGUGAACUGUUACCUGGCGAAUUAGUGAAGUGGAGGACAUUUGCAGUGUGAGCGUUUCAUGGCGGAAGAUGACGAUUGGUUGAGUAACGUGUUGUGGACCGACGAAGCUCAUUUCACACUCCGAGGGUCUGUCAGUGCCCACAACUGCAGAAUUUGGGAUACCGAAAAUCCUAGAACUGUCGUGGAAACUCCAUUGCACGAUGAGAAAGUCACAGUAUGGGUUGGAUUUACCACAUCUACUGUUAUUGGGCCUUUUUUCUUCGAGGAAAUGCGUGAUUCUGGUUUUGUAACUACUACUGUGACGGGUGAGAGGUACGCCGAUAUGUUACAGAACCGCAUCAUCCCCAGCCUGGCUGAUGAACACCUGCUGGAAUGUACGAUACUUAUGCAGGAUCUGCUGGAACGUACGAUGUUCAUGCAGGAUGGCGCUCCACCCCAUAUUGCUAGACGCAUGAAGGAUCUCUUACACGCGUUGUUUGGUGACGAUCGUGUGCUCAGCUGCCAAUUUUGUCACGCUUGGCCUCCCAGGUCCCCAGACCUCAGUCCGUGCAAUUAUUGGCUUUGGGGUUGCCUGAAGUCGCAAGUGUAUCGUGAUCGACACAUCUCUAGGGAUGCUGAAAGACAACAUCCGAUGCCAAUGCCUCUCCAUAACUCCGGACAUGCUUUCCAGUGCUGUUCACAAUAUUAUUCCUUGACUACAGCUAUUGUUGAGGAAUGAUGGUGGACAUAUUGAGCAUUUCCUGUAAAGAACAUCAUCUUUGCUGUGUCUUACUUUGUUGUGCUAAUUAUUGCUAUUCUGAUCAGACGAAGCGCCAUCUGUCGGACAUUUUUGAACGUUUGUAUUUUUUGGUUCUAAUAAAACCCCAUGUCAUUCCAAGCAUGUGUGUCAAUUUCUACCUCUCUAUCUACAUUAUUCCGUGAUUUAUUCAGUUUUCAAAUUUAUACUGACUUUUUGAUCACCUGGUUUUUGCUGUAUAUGACUUUCUUCUCCAGGUUAAGGAACCAUCUGUAUGUAAUACUGUGCACGCGCACGCACGCGCGCACACACACAGUGAAAUGGAGUUUACUUGUGCUGACUGCCACAAGGCCGGCAGCAGAGUCUAACACCUCUUGCAGGACAGCAGCCACCCACUCCCCUCCGGUACUGUAUGUGGUCAGAUGAUUGUGACAAGACUACAAUAAUGUGCAGCAUGUUGAUGAAAUGUACUGUGGAUGAACGCAGCUCUCGGGUUGGCAGUCUAUUACCAGUUUAGCUUUUACUCGGUGUGGCUUCUCACAGUCCUCCUUGCUUGCGAUCUGUUGCUGUUCUGUGCAUUAAUUUGUACUUCUUGACUGAGUUUACAACAGUGUGCAGGAAAUUGGGAAUAGUAGGUUGUUCGAUGUUCUCUACCGGCUGACGGAGGUUCUGGUAAUCUCGUGGUCAAAUGUCAGGAAAUAUAAAAGGCCAUGGCCUGACAAUUGCACAAGAAAAACAUAACAAAAAUAGAAAAGUGGGAAAGAGCGUCACUUCAAGAUUUCUAGAGCACACAGAAUAUCUGAAGCUUGGAAAUGAGUGAAUUAUGUAGUCAUGUUGUAUUUAAUGUGGAACAAAUGCUUUGUUUGCCUUGUUACUCAUAGACACCAUUGCUAUGUACCUGAAUACUCUGUGCUACUUGUGUAGUCAAUAAACUGUGUAUACAGUGUA